AUGAAUCUUCAGGAAGAUACAUUAAAUCAGAUGUUACCUAAUAUUGAAAUAAAUGAAAAUGUAAAUUCAAAAAAUAAUCAUCAUGAUAAUGAUGAGGAUGAUGAUUAUAAUAAUAAUUAUAAUAAUAAUAAUAAUAUAAACAAUUUUAUGGCACCAACUAAUUUAUGUGCGAAUUCAAAUAAUGAGAAUUCUUUAAAGGACACGACGUUAGACUCAGCGGAUAUAUCCUAUAUAAAUUGUGAUUUUAAUAAUAUUAAUUAUCAUAAUAAUAAUCAUGAAAAUAAUAAUAUAAAUAAUAUUUGUGUGAAUAUACAAAAAAAAUAUAUAAAUAAGAACAAAACAUAUCUUAAAAAUAAUCAUCAAAAUAAUGAUAAUAUGGAAAAUACCAAAAAAAAUAAUUAUUAUCAAUAUAAUAAUUAUAAAGAGAAACAAACAGAUUGCUUAUAUGAUAUAUUCAAGAAUAAAGACAUGUCGAAUAAUAAUGAACAUAUCGAUCAAUCCAUUUAUAUAAAAAAGGUAUCUUCUCUAUCCAGCAUAUAUCAUAAUAAAAAUAACCCAUGUGUCAAAAAGGAUACUUCCAAUAUUAUAUUUAUGCACAAAUAUAUAUACUUAAAAAAUUUAAAAAAAAAAAAAUAUAUCAAAAAAUCAAAAUAUCAACAAAAGGGGAUAUUAAAUAAAAAUUAUAUCAAUAAGAGUGAUACGAAUGAUAGUAAUAUAAAACAAUUAAUUGAUAAAUAUUCAAAUGUUCAAAAUAAUUAUAAUGUAGUUAAUAAACACUUGGACGACAUAUAUAAUACAAUCGAAAAUAAAAAAAUGUAUAACUAUACAAAUAAAAUAAAUAACAAUAUGUAUAAUAUUAACAAACAAAAUAAAUAUAAUAAAUAUAAUAAAUAUAAUAUAUAUUAUAAUAAAUAUAUAAAAAAUAUAAAUAGAGAUAAUUUUAAAAAAUAUUUCGUAAAAUUAUUAUAUAAAUAUCAUUUCUCAUUAUAUAAAUACCCAAAUUAUGUAUUUCCUAACAUCCAAAUGUUAAAUACGAAUUUGUCCUUGCAUAAAAUGUUUUAUUUUUAUAAGAAUUAUAUGAAACAUAUGGAUCGACCUUAUCCUAAAAAUAUUAAUAUUAAUAGUAAUAGUAAUAUUAAUAGUAAUAUUAAUAGUAAUUGUGUUAAAUUAAAAAAUGCAACACAAUUUAAUAUAUUAAAAAAAAAAUUAUCUUCAUAUAAUUAUACAAAUAACAAAGAACAACUUAACAAUUUAAAUAAUAUUUUUGAUUAUAAUGGACAUGAUGUAUUAAAUAGUGAAGAUUAUCGAACACUAAUCAAUAAUAUAAGUUAUGAUAAUAUUAAUAAAUAUACAAAUGAAUAUUUUAAUUAUAAUGAUAAUAAAAAUGAGAAUGCAUCUUAUAAAAAAAAUAUGAUCACUUAUCCUAGUACAUCCUGCCAAAAUAUAAAACGUGUAACAUUUUGCUUCAUUUCUGAUGACCAGUCAGCCAAAAAAAAAAAAAAAAAAAAAAAAAUUAUAAAAAAAAAUCUGAACGGCAAGGUAGAAUUUUCCACCGAACUAAUAUUUGACAAAAAAUCAGAGAAUAACAUAAACAUCAAUGACAAAAAUAAAGAACAAGGCAUAUCUCAAUUAUUAUUUCAAAAUAGAGAUGAUCAAAUGGCACAUAAUAGUAUUUAUAGUAUGAAUAAAAUAAAAAUGAAAAAUAUCAAAAAAUUAAUAAAAAAUAAAAAUUAUGAACAUAAUAAUAAUAUUAUUAAUAAUAAUAGCCCAACUAGCCAUUCAAAUGAUUUAUCAAAUGAAUUAUCAAAUGGUUUAUCAAAUGAAUUAUCAAAUGAAUUAUCAAAUGAAUUAUCAAAUGAAUUACCAAAUGAAUUAUCAAAUGAAUUAUCAAAAGAAUUACCAAAUGAAUUACCAAAUGAAUUAUCAAAUGAAUUACCAAAUAAUUUAUCAAAUAAUUUAUCAAGUCAUAAUAUUUCCAUACCCGAAAUAUAUCAAAAUAACUUUUUGGAGAAUUCCAACAAAAUAAGGGAAGCUACAGAAGAAAAGAACAUUACAAAAUAUGAGAAGAAUGAUGAACAUCAUAUGAUAUAUGAUGAAACAUUGUUGAAUAGCCAAUUAGAUAAAAGUGUACGAAAAAAAAGAAAAAAAAAAAAAUUAGACAACAUAAAUGAUGAGAACAUUUCUAAUAUAUAUCAUAUAAAAAAUAAAGACAAUGAUAAUACUCCAAGUGAUAUGAUAAACGAAAAUAACCAUUUAAAUGGUCUUCGGUUGGAUGAACAUUAUGAUAAUAAUACAAAGUUGAGUUAUAAUUUUGAUGGGGAUGAAGAUGCUAUUAGGGAGGUACAGAAAUAUAUAGAUUAUAUAAUUGAGAAUGAAGAUGUGGAUAUAUCUAAGAUUAAUAUCACAUUAAAUAAAACCUAUGUUAAAAUAAAUUUCUUUUUAAAAAAAUAUAUAUUACAAUAUGAACAGUUUAAAAAUAGUAAUAUAUUAUUUUGUUUUGGUGAAUCAAGUGAAGAAGAAGUGUUAUCAGAACGAAACACGUUUACAGAAAAGAUAGAUAAUAAAAUAUUAGAUACAAAUGAAGAAGAUGAUAAUACAAAAAAUGUUGAUAUGAUAAAUAAGAAAAAAAUGAAACCACCAAAAAAUAGAAAAAUUAAUUAUGAUGCAAUAGAUACAAUGUGGCAACCUCACUUUCAUCCACAUAAUCAGGAAUUUAGAGUUCGAUAUAGAUAUAAAGGUAGUAUGAGAUUAAAAACGAUAUCUUGUAAACAUUUUGGAUAUUCGAAUAGUAAGAAGAUAUCAAUUUUGUUUUUGUUACGAUGGAUUUUAUGUGGCAAACAGAUAGCUGAAAAGACUAAGAGGUCGAGACUUAGUAUAUGUGACAUAGACGAAGAUAGAUUACAUCAAUUAUUAACAUCCAAGAAACCAAAAAAAUUAUCAUUAGAUAUUCCAGACGAUAAGAAGGAAGUUGACAAAUUUAUAUUUGAACAAAAAAUGUCAAUAAAAGGGAAAAGAGUGAAAAAAGCAAUGUCAUUAGAUGAAGAAAAAGUAAAAAAAUUGUUUAGUAAAAAUAUGAAGAAUAAUGAAUUUUAUGAACGGCUUUAUAAAAUUAACAAUUUUCUUUUAAAUAAUUGUAAGGAUGUUAAUUUAUUAAAUAAGAUAAAAAAUAUUAUUCAUAAUUAUGAAAGUGAAAUGAAAAAUUGUGAGAAGGAUAUUGGCAUAAAUAGGGUGCGCAGCGAUGAUAUUAAAUAUAAUAAUAAUGAUGAUAAUAAUAAUGAUGAUGAAAAUAAUGAUAAUAAUAAUGAUGAUAAUAAUAAUGAUAAUAAUAAUAAUAAUAAUAAUAAUGAUGAUAGUCAUUAUAGUUAUAAUUAUGAUGGUAAUAUCAAACCAACCAAGAAGAGAGGAAGAAAGAAAAAAAGGAAAUCAAAUGAAGAUGAUGAAGAAAAAAAAACAAAUAAUAUGGAUCUUCCAUUUUGUGACAAGAAGGAUUAUAUUAUAAAUAAGAAAUUAAAAAGUCUUGAAAAAAAUAAUGAUACUAAUUAUAAUAAUAAUAAUAAUAAUAUAUCGGAGGAACAAUGUAUUCCCUUUUGCAUAGAUAAAGAGAAAGAGAUGUUUCUUAAAUUCUUUAAACGUAAUAUGAUGAAAGGAAAUAUUAUACAAAAUAAAUACAAAAAUAAUGAUAUCAUCAAUAAUAUGAAUGUAAAGAAUAAAGAUUUGUUAAUAUUAUCUGAUGAAAAUAACAUUAAAAGUAAAAGUAAUAAUAAUAAUAAUAAUAAUAAUAAUGAUGAUGAUAAUAUAACUUAUGGGAGUAAUAAAAAUAUUAUUAUUAAUAAUCAUCAUGUGAAAAAAAAGAAUCAUAAUAAGAUCCCAUAUUGUGAUGUAUUAAAUAUUUUUUCUAAGAAAAAUGAUAUAAAUGAUUUAUUUAAUAUAAACUCAGAAAAUAUAUGUACUAAAGAAAAUCUGAAGGCAGUCAAUAAUUGUCUUACGGAAUUAAAAAAGUCUAUAUAUAUAAAAAAUAAAAAUAAUAAUAUGAAUAAAAUAAGAUAUUCAAAUAUUAAUGAUAAUUUCAUUGAAUUAUUAAACAAGGAAAAUAUUAUGAGCAAUAUGUAUAUAAAUAAGAAUAAUGAUAAAUUUAAAAUGGAUGAUUAUCAUAAAUUGUUUGAUCAAACAAAGAAAAAAAAAGAUAUUAAAGAUAAUAUGUUAUAUGCUGUAUAUAAUAGACUUCAUGAUUUAAAUAAUGAGGAAACAAAAAAUGAUAAAAAUAUGAAUCUUCAAAAUUUACCAGCAAAUUUUGAUAAGAGUUCACAUUUAUUAUCUGCAUCAUCUGAUGAAUUAAAAAAAAAUAUGACACAUAAAAGUAGUUGUAAAAAAAUAAGUAACGUGUCUACAUGCCCUAGUUUAGGACGGAAUCAUUUAUUACUUAGGAACGAAAUUUUAAGUAGCGAUAAUAAUAUGUGUAGUAGAUCCUUUUCACAUGUCUAUGGUAAAAAGCCUUCCACCACUAGAAAUAACGACGACAGUGAUGAUAAUAAUAUAAUUAGUGUUUUAUAUAAUAAUGAAAAAAAAGAAAUGGAUGAAGAUAUGAGCAUUUCUUAUAUAUUAAAAAAAAAUAGAAAGAGCCCAGAUUUCUUCCAUACGUUAUUUAAAGACAAAUAUGACAGUAAUAUUUUAGAUUUAAAAGGGGAGUAUAAUGAUGAUAUGAAGGAAAUGAAACUUGAUAAUAAAAAACAUUUAGACAAGGUAUAUGUGGAUAUUUUAUUUAGAGAAUAUAUGAAGAGAAAUAAUAAGGAUCAAAUUAUAACGGAUGCAUCAGGAGGUUCUAUGAAAAGAUCAUCAUCUAAUAAUAUGGACAGGAGUUACAAUAAUAAUAUGAAACAAAAGAAGAAUAAAAUGUUAGGAAAUAAUAUAAUAAACAAUAUAUAUAGGAAUAAUAAUAGUAAUAGUAUUAAUAAUAAUAGUAAUAGUAUUAAUAAUAAUAGUAAUAGUAUUAAUAAUAAUAAUAAUAAUAAUAAUAAUUUUUGUGUGAAUAAUAUUAGUACAUAUGAUUAUAUAGAUACUCAUAAUAGUUGUAAUAACAAUUAUAGUAGCAAAAUAAAUUCCAUGAUGAAUGAUAUAAAUAUUUACAAGAGAAUAAUAAAAAAAUAUGAAAGUAGUAAUCAAGACAUUAAUAAUAAUAAAGAAAAAAUGAUAUAUGAAAUUGUCAAAGAAAUUAUGAAUACAAAAGAUGUAUUACAUAAGGAAGAAAAAAAAAGAAGAAAAAAAAAUGAUAAUAAAGCUAAUUAUAAUAACACAAAUGAUAUAAUAAAUAUAUUAAACAUAAACAAGUGUAAUGAUAAUAUAAAUAAAUUUUUUAAUGUUAAUAAUGAUGAUUAUAAUAUAACUAAGUCAGCAAAUAGAAAUCUACAAAUAAAUAAUUUAUAUCAAGAAAAAAAAAAUACAAAUGAUGAAUCUGAGAAAAAACAUAAAAAAUAUAUCUCGCAUGCAAUGUAUGAUAAGAACAAUUUCGAUUUAAUUAAAAAUUUUAUUAAUGCUGUAAAGAAAAAUAAGUUACAACAAAGACAAGAAGAAAAAUAUAAAAGUGAUGAGGAU